AGUGGACCAACUCCAACCUGGCGGGAGACGAGGCGGUGCUGGUGCUGCUGUUCCAGCCGACUACCAGGAGAUUGCCCCGGCGCAGGCGUAUCAGAUGAUGAUGAGUGGCAAGAUCGGAAAUAAUUCUGGUAAUGCGAAUUCGUAUUCGAACGGCGCGAACGCAAUCUGUAAUGCGAAUAGUACAAGAACAGUUCUGCCGAUAAUGAACCAACACCAGCAGCAAUUCUCGCAAGCCCCACAGCUCGCGUUAAACGACCAGCAACAGCAACGAGCUAUAAUGCAGGAAAGAGCGGCGCACCAGAUGUUGCAACAACAGCAGCUGGUCGCUGAUUCUGGUGCGGGCGGGGCAACGAGCAGCUUGAGUGGAGGAGGUGGACGCACAAGUAUUGUGCAGGAGCAAUCGUUGCAGCAAAGGACCGUCGCGACGUAUCCUGGAGUAGAUGUAGAUGCAAACACUUUACAGAUACAGACGAACCUCGGCUACAAUUGCGGCAAUCAGAAUCAGCCGGCCCGACAAGUAGAAUCUUCGCAGCUCGCCAUGAGCGCUUGCGAAAAUUAUGUCGGCAACUAUAGUGGGGUAGGAACACAAGAAACGCUGACGACAGCGUCUUGCACAGGGACAGCAGAAGUGGUUUCGCAGCAGCAGGCGACGACUGGUCCUGCUAUGCGAGAAGGACAACUACUGAUGCAACAGCAGCACCAGCAGGAAGAGCAGUCCUGUACUACCACGGUAGCACGUGCGCCGGCUCCUACUUCGGGACACGAAUCUGUCGCGGCCCUGAGCACCUCUGCAUCUUCUUUCCCUCCCAACAUAACUGAUGUGGAGCAGCACGACCAACUCGCCCAGGGAGCACAGCAGGAUACUAGCUCCGUCGACGUUGUUUCGCCUGCAGCAGCUUCUUGCAGCAGUACUUCUAGGAUCAUGUUGGAAGAUUUGCCAUUAGAUGAAGAAAGAAAAGUGGUGGAAAAAAAAGUGGCGUGGGGAACAACAUCAAAUGAAAACACAAACAAGGAGCCGUCACCCGCGCAAGAAAGCGGAAAAGAUGCGAAUCCCAGACUGUAUCGCGAGGUGCUACUCCGAAAUGCGAAGACGGCCCAUUCCAGUAGUACUGCGGCACCGGUGACUAGUAGCAUAGGCUUCAGGACAAGCAACAAGCAACGAGAAGGUAAAGGGAAAACUUUAAACAUAGAGCAGGUACCUUCAUCAUCCUCGAAUGAUGCGAAAAAUGCAUCUUCGGUAGCUGCAACUGGGACUUCAACAUUUCAGGACCAAGAAGAAAGAAAUCAUAGGACAACCUCCACAGUUUCCACGAAUUUCUGUGCCGAUUCCUCGUCUUCGCAAUCGCAUUCGCAGCUCCCUGCAGUCCCUGUCCCGACGCAGGAGUUCUUCUCCAGUCGCGAUGAUGUUGGACAAAGGAUUGAGUUCAUGUCCCACGAGGCCGCCGAAGUCGCGCAGUUACACGGUGAGAUUUUUCUGCUGGAGUACAGGCUCGAUGUCGCAGAGGAGAUGAACGACGACUUCUUACAAGUCAAUGUCGAACUCGCGCAGGAAAAUGCGAGGCUGAAGCGGGAAAUGCGGGUGAUGCAGGAGGAGUUGGCGUGGUGGAAGGAGCAGGCCGGGAAUGCGAAUGAAAAUCAUGGGCGGGAGAUCAGGACAGACGGCAGCAGCUACGGCACAAUAAAUGCUGAUGAUCCACCACAUCCGUCUUCUGGUCAACAGGAGUACGACCCGUCGCAAGACGAGCAACGGCAUCCCAAUUGGCAGGAGCAAGACGCCGAGCUUUGUGAAGAUGCGGGCGGGACGGCGGCUGUUCCAAUCAGCUAUGCAGGUGAGCAAGAAGUGGCGCUGGCGGAAGAGCCGCAGUACUAUAAAAAUUGCGACGAGUUGUACAACACUAAC